AAGAAGGAAGGCGCAUCCGAUGAUAUGAGCGACACGAACAUCGCCUCAAGUUUGCGUUCCACGUCUUCGCUUUGAAUCAAUAUGGGUGCCAUUUUAUGGCAGAUCUCUUAACCAAGACAUACAUUCUUUAUUACAUCUGUAUUCCAGUGUUUAUAGCCUAUCGCGUUCUUCACCUUCAGGCAUGAAGCGAAUUUGCAGCCAGGGCGAUAGUCCUGGUGAUUUCAAGAUUUAUGAAGACGAAGUCGAAGAACCUCUAGAUCGGCAAACGAACACUCUUAUACCCCCCAGCAAGGACAGUACCCCACGACCGUCGAAAAUCCGUCGCCACGGCUCGAAAAUCCUCUCCGUUCUGCGCUCCCUGACAAACAGUGCCUCGAGUGCGAGCAAUCUUGAAUCCUCAUCUCCUAUAUCCCCGCAGAUAGGCAAUGUGGAACUCGCGAGAGAACUGGUCAAGAAGGUCUCGAUGUCAUUCAACAACAUGCGUCCCUCCGUGCAACCACCCACCGUUGUCAUCCGCUCGCCUAAGAGCCGACCCAGCCCCUCACUUGAAAAAGGCGUGUUGGAGCUUACACCGGAGGUCUCACCUUCAACGAGUGGGGAGACAAGCGGAAAUAGUGCUGGAAAGCAGUCUGCCCCAGCCAGAACGAAUUCCACGGGCAUGACGAGUUUGGACUCCAAGUUUUUUGCUGGAAAGAUGGUAUCGGGGCAUUCGUCAAAUACGGAAAACAAAAAGGCGACGGUAACAAAACAGCAGGUAGCGGAAGAGACGAUUGUUAAUAACAGCUUGAUGCCUAUUUCAGAGGUGGCGCAAGAGGUUAUGAUUGCCCCGGUGCCUGUUCCAACUGUCAUCACCGUCGAAAAGGCUGCUGCGGCGAAGAUAUUCUUCGAAACCCAUUACAACGGAUUGCUUGCAAGCGGUCCAAGUCCUCGAUCCCUACGUCUCAGAGAGUUUGAGGGCGUCCUUUACGAGAAUUCGGCACAUAUGACCCACUCCGAAAUGGUUGAACAUCGCCGGGACUGGCUUCAUAGUGAGACUAACUACAUUCGUGAGGUCCGUGUAAUGAAGUCCAGAAACCACUUUCGCAAGCAAAAGGGAACGGAUCCGAUGGUCUCGCACUAUGAAAUUGUGAAGGUGCUUGGCAAAGGAAGCUUUGGAGUUGUUCGCCUUGUCCGUGAAAAGGAGGAUAUCUUCAGUCCAUUCAGUUUCUUUGAGCCCAAGAAAAAAGAAGUCUACGCAAUGAAAGUCAUUCGGAAGUCUGAUAUGCUACGGAACAGCCAAGAGGGGCAUCUGCGUGCCGAGCGGGACUUUCUUGUUGCCUCGGAGGGGUCAAGAUGGGUUGUACCGCUCAUUGUCAGCUUCCAAGAUGCGAAUAACCUUUACCUGAUUAUGGAUUAUAUGCCUGGCGGGGAUUUCCUGGGGCUCUUGAUUCGAGACAACAUUCUUUCAGAGGCAGUAACCAAAUGGUAUAUUGCCGAAAUGAUACUUUGUAUCGAAGAGGCUCAUAGACUGCGGUGGAUUCACCGUGAUAUCAAGCCGGACAACUUCUUGAUUUCUGCUUCUGGACACCUGAAAAUUUCAGACUUUGGUCUAGCAUUCGAUGGGCAUUGGUCCCAUGACCAGUCUUUUUAUAAUAAUCACAGGUACUCUUUGCUCACCAAGCUCGGUAUUAACGUCGAAGGGGAUUCCAUCGAUAAAAAAGAUGGCCGGACAGUUGCGGUCGCCAUGCAACUUGCUCAUGUUGUUAUGGGCGGCAAAGAUAAACAUGAGAAGAAAUCUUCUGGCUCUAACGAGGGGAUUCUUAAUUGGCGAAAUCGGAAUGGUAACCGGACACUUGCCCGCAGUGUUGUUGGGACAAGCCAAUAUAUGGCACCCGAAGUGGUUCGGGGCGAGCUUUACGAUGCCAGAUGUGACUGGUGGAGUGUUGCUGUCAUUCUUUAUGAGUGUCUCUAUGGCCACACUCCAUUCCUUGCCGAAGAAGGCGGAAGAGCUCAAACAAAACUCAAUAUUCUUAGCCACCGGACUACAUUUUCAUUCCCAAGCAAACCCGUUGUCAGUAGCCGGUGUCAGGAUCUUAUCAAACGAAUGAUUCAAGAGAAAGGGGAACGCCUUUGCUCGCGCCGAUACAAGGCGAGAGACUUGGUUUCGUCAAACAAUCGCGACUAUGCUGGCCGCUACGUUUAUCCUGAUGACGCAGAAGAUAUUAAGUCACACCGUUGGUUCAAAGAUAUCCUGUGGGACCGUAUUCACAUUAUGACCCCGCCUUUUGUACCAACUAUCAAAUCCAUUGACGACACUCACUACUUCGAUGAAGAAGAGCCUAUCUCCGACUUCAGUACCAGCGUUGAUGAUGCUGCAAAUCUUACUCCGCCCACGGAAGACGAGCUUGACGCUGCGCUUCGAUGCUUCAAUCGUGAAAUUCAAAUGUUAGCACGAGGAUACGUGGGUAGUGCUUAUGAUUCCACCAAACUCCGCCGAAUUGAGCGAGAAAUUGAAGGAUUUGUGAUGGGCGAGGAGCAGAAAGAGUAUCUUCGCGGCUUCGUGCGUGCGUAUGGUCGAAAAGAGAAGAAGAGGCCUAGGGAUAGAUUGCUUAGAGAUGGAGAGUAUAGGCAAAGAGUUCUGGAAUGUAGAAAGAAGGGCGCCUUCCUGGGAUACAGCUGGAGAAGGAUUCAGAAGAACAGCUUGAGGGAUCUCAACGACAAACGGGGCACUGGUGGCGGAAUGGGACGCAACGGAUUGGGAGCGGCAAAAGGGAAGGCCAAGGUAUGGAUGAGGGGGAGAUUGAGCGUCAACUAG